AUGCCUGGCCUCAUCACUGGAGACCAGUACGAUGAUCUCACCGGCGCCGUGCAGCAGAUCAUACUAUCGUCGUCAGAGUCUGACUAUCUGGACCAGCUAAUACCACUGCUGAAGAAUGCCGAGACACAGACUCAGGUCACGCCUCUCAUUCACGCUCUCAAUCAUGUCUCGGCGGAUCGCGAAGCUCAGAUCGAGAACAUCUGCAACUCGAACCAUCAGGAGUUUAUUGGCAGUGUGAACCAACUCCAAUCAGUGAGGGAAGGAACUGUCAACCUGACAUCUGAGAUCAUGGAGCUCAGUCGCAGCAUUCAAGCGAGUACCGAGAAGCUUGCAGAGCACAAGAAAGCACUCGUCGAGUCCCGUGGCGUGCGUCAGAACAUUGACGACGCCACGCAAGCACUGAAGGACUGCCUGGAAGUUCUACGUCUCGCUAACCAGGUUCACGAUCUUCUCGGCAAGAAGAAUCACUAUGCCGCACUGCGCGCACUCGAUGAGCUGCAAAAUGUGCAUCUUCGAGAGGUCACCAGGUACAAGAUCGCGGAGAUGAUCGAGCGCUCGGUGCCAGCUACGCAGCGUAUGAUAGCGGAUGCCGUCAUGUUGGACCUCAAUACUUGGCUGUACCGCAUCAGAGAGACGUCUCAGUUCCUCGGCGAGGUGGCUUUCUACCACAUUGACAACCGAAGGGAUCGACAGAGGCUGCGACUUGAGGCGGGUAACUACGCCGGUAACUUCAAGCUGAACUCUGCUGUUGAGCUCGUCGCAGACGAGCCUGAAGAAUUCGAUGUGCUGAACAACGACGAAGUCUCAGUCGACUUCACGCCCCUAUUCGAAUGUUUGCACAUACAUGACGCUCUAGGCGAGACGGAGAAGUUUCGAGCCGACUAUGCAGCAACAAGACGAAGACAGAAAGAUCUCCUCAUUCCACAGACUGUCAACCUGACAGAUGAAGAGAGCAAUAGCUUGAGCAGCUUGAUGGAAGGUGUCGCUGGCUUUGCCAUCGUUGAGAAGGCGACCAUGCAGAGGACGGAAAAUUUCCGAGCUCAGAGCGACGUGGAUGAGCUCUGGGACAGCAUGUCUCAGUCCGUUGUGUCCCUCAUCAGUAGUGCGCUACACAAUGUGGACAACGAUGAGAAUCUGCUUCGGAUCAAAGGCAUCAUCGCAUUGUUCAUCCAGACGAUGGACAGCUGGGGCUACCCAGUGUCGAGUCUCGACAGUCUGCUACUCACGCUCUUCGACAAAUACAGCUCGUUGCUGAAGAAGCGGUUCAGCGAUGACUUCCAGGAGAUUGUGAGCACGGACGACUACAUGCCGAUGCCCAUCAACAAUGCGGAAGAAUACGACAAGGUCAUUUCUGUAUCAUGGUACACUCCACCACCGGAUCAGGAAGCCUCGGAAGAUCUGGAGUACCCUCGCGUGCUCCCCUUCAGCCAGAUGUACCCUCUGGUCUGCAUCGACAUACGCAACUUUCUCAACCAAAUCUACCUCUUCUCCGAUGAUCACUUCCGCCACACGACAGUCAUCGACAAGACUCUGAAGGACAGCUUGGACGAGCUGUUGGUUGACAAAGUCUGCCGCAGUUUGGUUGACAGGCUGUCGUCACAGUAUCCUGGUCAAAUCGUUCAGAUCUUGACCAACCUGGAGCACUUUGAGUCAGCGUGCAAAGACCUGGAAGCUCUUCUCGUUGAGGCAAGAUCAAGCAGCAGCGCUGCCGGCCCCAUCAAGCUUAAUGCGACCAGCCAAUUUGGUGAGGCAAAGAAGAAAUCCGAGAAGCGCAUCUUCGAACUCGUCAACAGCAAGAUUGACGAUUUGAUCGAGACCGCUGAAUACGAUUGGUUGAGCACCUACGUACCUGACGACGCAAGCCCAUACAUUCAGGAGCUAACGCGGUACCUAACCACUACCAUCAACAAUGUCCUUCUCGGCCUGCCAGAGCACAUCAAAAGCGUCAUAUACUUCGAGGCCCUCAGCCACGUCUGUGAAGCUCUUCUCUCACUGCCUCUCGACCCUAUGGUCCGCCGCAUCUCACCACAAGCCGUUGCUGCGUACAAACUCGACGUGGAAGACCUCGCCGGUUACGUAGAGUCCCUUCCUGACGGCACUCAACUCCUCGAGAGUCUGGGUCCGCUCCGCCAAACUACAGACCUUAUGGCACUGGCCGCAGAAGGCAAAGGGGAAGAGUUCUUCGAUUCAUCCAAGUCGAAUGUCCGCUUUGGUAAGGUAGAUAAGCUCAAGGGAGCAGAAUUGUUGGAGAAAGUCAUGCAACAAGCGCCGGAACCGACCAGUGCGCGUAGGGAGCGUCACAGUCUGCUUCCUGACUUUAGUGGAGGCAGUGGAGAGAUUUCGAAGAAGCCAAGUAUGCCGCAUUUUGGGGACUUUAGGGACAGGUUGGGUCAGUUUGCGAAGCGGGAUCGGUCUUAG